AUGCACUUUCAUGGCUCCAGCGGCGGUGACGUUGGGGACAGACCGUCGUUUUCUUGUUUGCCGCCGACGAUUUGCACUGACUCUCCGUCGACAGCUGCAGCCGCGCCCCACGGCAUCCACGGCCAGCAGAACGGCAUGCCGCCUUGGCGCUACUUGUCGUCCUACUCGAAGUGGAUUAACUCCGCAUUUCGCCGUGCCCUGCACGGCGCGCAUGCAGCCGCCCUGAAGACCUUUGGACGGAGUGAUGGUGAAUGCGCUCGCAGCGGCAAUGGGGUGCGCGAGUCUUCGUUGCUCCCUUGUGCGGUCGCACGCUGGCUCCACACGCGGUACGAGGCUCUGGCAACUACCCGAGCGUGCGCAGUGAUUCUCCCACAGGACGUCGACGGCCCCUUCGUCGUCCACCUCACACUUCUGCUCGUUGGCUGGGAAGUGAUGCAAGCGACAUCCCUCUACCUGCGCCAUCGACGCGCGAUGCGGGUCAGUGCGAGGGCCGAGGCGGAGGCGACGCAGGAGUGUGACGAGAAUGCAACGGAUGCCGAGGAGCCAAGCGACUUCUCGACCUCGCUGCAAUCCGCGACCGCGCAGGUGCCGUCAUCACCGGAGAUGGAGUCGGUGCAGAUCGGGAGAUCACUCCUGCCACGAAGCUCGAAACUGGCGGUGCGCCGAUUGUGCAGCUAUUGGGCACUUAUCGAAAAGGCGGUUCGAGCUGCGCCGCGCAAGCGCGCUGGUGCGCCAACGAACGUCGCCGCUCUUGGGUGGUUCGUCGGCUCUGAGGUCGACGGCCGCAAUUUGGCCCAGGGUGGAAGGGAUCGGCGCGCGUUUCACCGGCUCACCUCGGAUGGAGCUCCGCACGGUGCGGAGACGGUGCUCGUGCUGUCGGACGAGGCCGCGUUCCCCGUCAUGAGGGAGCCAGGGGGGCGCCCGAGAAGGCAGCCAAGUGUGACGUCAGGGGCCGCGUCGCUUGUCACAGCGGAGAAACCGGCGGAGGUGGCGGAGCCGUGGAGGGUGCUUCAUCUUUUGUGGACUGACACGGUGCGCUACUCGGUGACAUAUACCAAGCUGCGGCAGCUGCUGCUCAGCUGCACGGUCGCUGAGAUCGCGGAGGUCUUUGAGAGCGAUGGUGAUGCAGACAGCUGCCGAGGCGGCCUCUCUACCGCCUAUGGCACACGCGUUCUGCAGACCAUGUGGAGGGGUAGAGGUAGUCGCAACAUCUCGGACGAGGCGGCAACGAGCACAGCCCACUGCGUCACAAGCUCCACCUCAGGCGAUGUCUCACACAACUGCUACGCAGACCCGCGCAUCGCUGUGGCAUGCGUGGCACUGACGUGGUACUUGUCACUCGUGCGCGAGGUGUACGAUGCGGUUAUUGUGCACGAGGACGUCCAGCGCUGCGCAGGCGCGCUCGAGGAGCUUGAGGAGCACAGCAGGGCCGUGUAUCAGCACGGCGUACAGGUCGGGCUCGCCUUUUUCCAAGAGGGGGUGCACAGCAUCUCGUACCGGGGCGUCGCGGGCGCGAGCGGCGGUACCAGCGGAGGCUGUGCCUCUGGGCAGCCUCCCCGUCAUGAAAAUCCAAUGGUGCGUCCCGAUGGCGUCAGCACUACUGACGGCCACGCGGCGCAUGGGGCGACGAGUCCGUCUGUGUCCAUGGCAGCGGGCGUGCAUCUCACCUGCCACCGUGCAGGGAACAGGAACAAGUUACGUUGCAGCGAUGCCGCUGACAGUCCACGCGCCCUCUCAGUACCACCGCGCGGCUGUGCGGAAUGCGUUGUAGCGGGUGCGACGCACAUGCCUAUCCGUGUGGCCUCGCCGUGGGCAUGCUGGGCAGAGUUGAAUGCUGCACUAGCUGCUCUGCUGCUGCGGCGGCGGCUGAUGAAGCUGUUGCACGUGCGAAGCCUCUUCUCCUACAUGUACACCGGUAGCGUGGCAAAGAUGGUUUCCUGUGCCGUGCUGACGGGGCUGACAUGCCUUUCUUCCCGCAUGGCAGCGACCGGGCAAGUGGUGCGUGAGGCCAUCAGCUCGAACCUGGACACAUACUAUCGCACGCACGGAGAGCUGUCGCCACCAGGCAGCGAUCCCGACAGCGGCAGCGGACCGCCCCACGGUGGUGCCGUGCCUACGCAGCAGCGCAUCUUGGCACUAUGCCUGCUCGAGUGCAUGCGUCUCGCUGUGAACACGGUACUCACGCGCACCACGCACGCGUACAUAAACAUGGCAGCCUCGCAGCGGCGCAACACCACGAAGGCGGAGCUCUACGAGGCCCUGACACGCCUGCCUCUCGCGUUCUUCGACACGCACUCCUUCGACGAGGUGGAGCAGAUUGUCUACUACGUGAACGAUAUCGAGGGCGUGGAGGUGCACGUGCACCACUACGUCUGUGACCUUGUUAUGUCGCUCUUUGCAGUGCAGCACGCGCUCCAUCAGCUACCGUGUCGGGCACGCCUGUUGGUGGGCGCCACGGUCGCGGUGUCGCUCACCGUAAAAUGGAUCGGACAACGCAUCAAGCAAGGGGUGCAGGCGGCGCAGCGCGCCGGAGGAGUGCUCCCGCCGUGGCUACGCGGCUACGAGCUUGGCGGCGUUGCACCUGGGACGGCGGAGCUGGACGCGCAGGUGGAGGAGAACAUGGAGAGCAAUGCGCGGCAAGGCGGCGUCAUGCUGCGCGGGCUAGACAUUGUAGCCGUGCUACCGCAGCUCCGCCCGUACGCGGCGGACCUCAGCUUGAUGCGGUGGUGGACGCACCAUACCUGCGCGUGCGGCGCCGCGGCCGGGGCGACGGAGGCAUCAACAUUUCUGCAAGGCCUGCUGGUGCUGCCGUCUCAGGCGUACGGUCAGCUUCUGCCGGCGUUCGGCGGUGCGCUCAUGACGUUUACGGACUGGGUACUGCCAACGCUCGUUGCCAGCUACGGCGCCUCCAUGGCGUUUUGCAGUGUCGAUGCGCUGAGUCUGUCGAAUAGGCUCAUCGAGGCAAUGCGGUGCGUCGGCGACACGGUCGAUGCCCUGGUCGACGGGCAUCGCGUCGCGGAGGUGGUGUUGCUGAACGCUUACAAGGCGAAUAUUCUGGAGAGGGUGCUGGAUGCGCGACGGUGGGAACCAACCACAGCCGAAUACGCGAGGGGCUUCGACCUCCGCGGCGAGGCGGACGGACGCGACCGCGACAAGGACAAGUAUCACGAUGCCGGUGCGGGUUGUGCGACACGUGAGGCGGUGGCCGGCUCGCCGCGCUACCACCCGCGGCGCCACCUGCUGGAAGCGUUGCGCCGUGCCGACCCCCAAACAGUCACGACAUCUGCACCGUCGCUCAUGCGGCGGUGGAUGCAUGUCCUGAAGCACAGCUGUGACUGGUGCGUCACACACGCCCCAUGUAUUCCGGUUAUGGGAAAAUGUCUGCGACUUGCACGACGCGGGCUUGCAACGAUGGGGCUUGUGGAAGGAAACCACCGCGGCAGCAGCCGACGUCCAUCAGGGGAGCCCUACCGUCAUCACCGCCAUCCACGCCAUCUUUCCUGCCAGCGGAGGUGUCAGUCACCGCAAGAGGACCCGCAGCCAUCUAAGAGUCCUCGACCUCUAGGGCGGGGCAGCGCGAGUGAAAUGGCGUCUGCGUGUCUGAGCAACCACUCCUCCGAGGAGGACGGGGGCCGCGGCGUUGAUGCCCGCUCCUCGUCGUCGCCAUUCAGCGGCGACUCCGAUGUUGACCGUGCCGCUUCAGCGGCGGCCGCAGUGAGGCUGCUCACGAGCGGCACAGUGCACGCCGUGACAAUGCGGAACGUGCAGUUUUACUAUCCCACGGCCCCUACGGUGCCGGUGUUCUUACACCCCAUCACGUGCUCCUUCGUGCUCCAAGGCAACCGCGACACAUCUUCGCCGUCACCGUCGAAUGCCUCGCAGCCGCAGACGCCGAGGUGCAGCUCUAGCAGUAAAGGCCGUCUGGUGUGUCUUGUAGGGCCAAGCGGCCACGGGAAGUCCACGCUGCUCAGUCUGCUGUUGGGCAUGUACACCAACUACGGGACGUCCAGUCACGUCCUCGACGGUGACAGCGAUGCCAGCAAGGGUGGUGGCGGCGGCGAGGCGCAACAGCAGGGCAGCCCUGAAGCGCGGGAUCAAGAGGAGGUGCUCUCCCAUCCUUCAUCCCCUGCGGUCAUUCCGGACAUCGUGCUCACGCUGGCGCUGCCGCGUUCGGUGGGCUACUCCUCUGAAGAGCUGGAGGCGGCUGCCCCGCACGAUGCCACGCCGACCCCAGCUGCAUCUGUCAUGUCGGAGGUGGUCUACGAGCAGCUGUCUGUCGCCUCGAUCCCGCGCGACAUCCUGCGAGGAAAACUUUUCAGCUUUGUGCCACAGAACCCCGUCAUCUUUUCCGGGGCCACCAUCGCGCACAACAUCAGCCUUGAGAAUUACGUAUCCCUUGAGCAGGACGAACUGCUGGCCGAGAUUGCGCAGUGCGCUGCCUGGGCGCACUGCGAGUACAUCCAGCGCUUUCCGCAAGGCUUGAUGACGUACAUUGCCGACAGCGGAACAGGGGCUUGGUCGUCUCCACUCGCGGCUGCAGGUGCUGGAGGCGGCGGCGCUGGUGGUGGUGGUGUGGUGCGCCUCAGCAUUGGCCAGGCGCAACGACUGAUGAUGGCACGUGCGCUAUUCCACGGUCGGCGCGGGGGCACCGUGCUCGUGAUGGACGAGCCCACGGCGAGUCUGGACAAGGAGGUGAAGCUGCAAAUAGUGGGCGAGUGGCGCGAGUUGCUGGACUCUGGUAUUGUCUGCGGGGCGAUAUGCGCAACCCACGAUGACGAUCUCAUCGCGGUGGCAGAUCAGGUCGUGCGUCUGCCGUAG